AAAAGCUUGCAAACUUCACGCACAUAACCUGCGCUGGACAUCGACUCGUCCCUAUCUAACUCUGGGAAAAUGUAUAUUGAUUUUUCAAAGAAAAGUCAACCGAUGUAACAAAACACCGUUCGCGGAGUGUUUAUACGCGUAUUAAAUCGUCGCGGUCGAUGUGUAGUGUCGUCGAGAUGGUGCGACGGUAUAUCUCGGCGUGUUCCGAGUGAGAUUUGGAGAGAGUGUUGCGUCGCUCGGCCGACGGCCCGGAGCCUGGCCGCGGCCAGGGCCUGGGCGCGCCAUGGACGCCGCCGCCGAUCCGCUACGAGCGGUCAGGCCGGAGGAGGGCGAGGAGAAACCGAAGGCGGCGGAGAGCCAGGACGACGGGUACGAGACGAGCAACAGUGGCGAGGCGGCGCGCCGCAAGCCCUCGAGCGCGGAGGGCUCGCCCGCGCCGCCCCCCGCGCGCUCCCCUCCCGCCGAGCCCGCCUACGAGCCGCUGCUGCAGCGCCCCUUCCCCUCUCCGUACCGACACUUCGAGCCGCCGCCCGCACCUCCGCCUCCCGCGCCGCCCCCUGCGCCCGCGCACGAGCCUGAACCCUACCAGCACUUCCCCUUUCCCAAGUACCCGCAGGACCCCUACGCCUUCAAGCGUGAGCCCGACGCGCCCUACGACAUGAGUCAGCACCACCACCACCAGUCGCUGCAGCAUCAGCAGCACCACAACCAGUACGCACCGCCUAAACGCGACGACGACCUCUACAAUGGGGUCAAGCGCGAAUGCGACGACCCCUAUUCCUUCGUCGAGGAGGAGGCGAUGUGUGCAAUGCUCGGCCAGCAACACCACAUGCCGCCACACAUGCAGCACCAUGACCAGCAUCAGCAUCCGCACAUGCAGAUGCAUCCGCAGCAGAUGAUGCUAAAUCAACCCAAGAAAAGAGGGCGAAAGAAAAAAAUUAAAGACGAAAAUGGCAUGGAGAUCAAAGUAGAGGGCGUGCUGGACGGCGGGCUGGCCGUGCGGCCCGUCAAGGAGCGCAAGAAGCACGACCGGUUCAACGGCAUGAGCGAAGAGGAGGUGUCGCGCCGCACGCUGCCCGACCACCUCGCUGAGAACCUCGACAUCAUCAUUAUCGGCAUCAACCCGGGCCUGUUCGCGGCCUACAAGGGGCACCACUACGCGGGCCCCGGGAACCACUUCUGGAAGUGCCUCUACCUGUCCGGCCUCACGCGCGAGCAGAUGAGUGCGGACGAGGACUACAAGUUGCUGAACUUCGGUAUAGGUUUCACGAACAUGGUGUCGCGACCCACCAAGGGCUCGGCGGACCUCACGCGGAGAGAGAUCAAGGAGGGUUCCGCCAUUUUAUUGGAGAAGCUACAGACCUUCCGGCCGAAGGUGGCCGUUUUUAACGGGAAACUCAUAUACGAAGUCUUCUCUGGGAAAAAAGAUUUUUGUUUUGGCAAACAACCCGACACCAUCGCCGGGACUAACACGUACAUGUGGGUGAUGCCGUCGUCGUCGGCGCGCUGCGCGCAGCUGCCCCGCGCGGCCGACAAGGUGCCGUUCUACGCGGCGCUCAAGAAGUUCCGCGACUACCUCAACGGGCUCGUGGCGCACGUGGACGAGGCCGAGCUCGUGUUCCCCGACAACACGUCGCGCCGCCCGCACGAGGAGAUGGAGAUCCGCAGGCUGACGAUGGAGCCCGAGCCGGGCGACACCAUCAUCCUCGAGGACGGCACGGAGGUCCCGCUCAAGAAGAAGAGGGGGAGGCCCAAGAAGGUGAAGCUGGAGAACGGCGAGACCGUGCCGCCCGUGCCCCGCGCGCCGCGGCAGCCGCGCCCCCCUCCCGCGCUCGACCCCACGGGGGACAACCCGCCCAAGAAGAAGAGGGGGCGGCCCAAGAAGAUACGCCCCGAGGAGCAGCAGUUCCUGUUGCAGCAGCAGCAGCAACAGCAGCAGCAGCAACAACAGCAGCAGCAGCAGCAACAGCAACAAACGAACUCGAUGCUUCAACCGCAGUUGACGUCGAUGUCGCAACUCCCACACGAGCAGUUUCUGCACUCGUCGGGUGGGGACUUCCCCCCACAAAUGUCGUCCCCCCUGGGCGGUGGCGUCAUGUACGGUGUGCAGCACCAGCAGCAGAUUUCGGACGGCUCGCCGUACUACCAACCUAAUAAUUCAGGGAGCGGCCUGGAGUCCCCGCUGGAGGUGGGCGGCGCGCUGCUGUCGCGCGGCUACGCGUCGCCCGGCGGCUACGCGGCCUCCCCGCGCCACUACGCCUCGCCGCGCUCGCAGCCCUACUCGCCCGGCCCGCAGCGCCUGGCCGCCACGCCGCAGCCGCAGCAGCAGUUCCCGGCCAGCCCCGCCGCCUUCUCCGCGCCCUCCCCGCCGCGCGCCGGCUACGGCUCGCCCGGCGUCGCCGCGUCCCGGGGCUUCGCCGCGCGCUCGCCGCUCUACGCCAGCAGCCCCGCCGCCUACCGCCAGCAGCCCAGCCCCGCCGCGCAGCCGCAGCCGCGCUUCAGCCACGAGCCGCUGCCCUUCGCGAGGGACGCCGCGCAGGGAGGGUCGACGGGCGGCUUCGCGCGCUCGCCCGCGCCGGCCGGCGGCGGCGUGGGGGGCGGCUCGAGCACGCCCUUCCCCGCCGCGUCCCCCGCGGGCGCCGCGCUGCACUCGUACACGCCGUCGCCCGCGCACACGCCGUACAGCCACCACUCGUCGCCCGCGCCGGCGCCGCUCACGCCCGCCUACUCGGACGCGCACCACUUCGCGCCGCAGGGCGGCACGAGCGGCUCGAGCGGCGGCGCGUACGGCGCCGAGCUGUCCAGCGAGAUCGGCGCCGCCAUCUCGUCGCCGGGGCCCGUGUCGCCCGGCAUGGCGGCGCUGGACUUCGAGCCGCCGCGCGACGACAACAGCCCCAUGGGCAGCACCGACAUGCAUCCCGGCAGCAACAGCAACUCCUCGCUCUCCGACUACAACAAGCAAAGCAAUCCAGGCGGCGCGGAGCUGUCUCCGGGCGUGUCCGUGGGCGCGGGCGUGGGCGUGGGCGUAUCCGUGGGCGCCAGCCCCUUCGGCUCAACGCUCUACGACGGAGAGGCGCGUCUGCAGUCCGAUUACUACGCGCAGGAACAAGGCAACGGUGUAGGAGACAGUCCCCGGUUAGACCAGCUACAUCAGCAUCCCUCCAUGUAUCCUAGCAAUUUUAAUAGGUCGACGCCGACGGGCGACAGCGACGCGGGCUUCGCGCGCACCGCCUUCCGCGGCGACCACCACCCGCCGCCCGCCGGUUCGCCGAGCGAGUACGGCAGCGCCGGAGGCGGAGAGUCCGGGCCCGGCACGCCCAAGAGCAAGUCGCAGGACGUGGCGUCCAAGUCGCUGUCGGGGCUGGAGUCGCUCGUGGACCAGAUCCCGUCCAUCGCGGACGGGCCCAGCGCGGGCGCGGCGGCCGAGCAGGGCGCGCCGCCCGUGCCCGCGCUGCCCGACUACGCGCCCGCGCUGUACCCGCCCUACCCGGCCUACGGCGCGCCCGCCUACGGGAACAACGGCUACGGCGGGCCGUUCGUGGGCUACGGCGGCGGCUGGGGCACGCAGCUCAUGCGGCCGGCGCCCGGCUACCUGCCCGACUGGCAGUACGGCUACGCGCCCGGCGUGCCGCCCGCCUACGCGCCCUACAACUCGCCCUACUACAACGGCUACGCGGGCCCGCCGCCGGCGCACCACCAGCAGGCGCACUACCUGUCGGCGCCGCCGCUCAUCGACCUGCACAAGAACGGCGAGCACGCGGGCGGGGUGCCGCCCGUGCCGUCGGUGCCGUCCGUGCCGUCCGUCGGCUUCGGCGGCUUCUGUUAGUGCCGCGCCCGCCGAACUGAAUCUCGCCUCGCCCCGGACCGGCGGCGGAUCGGUCGUCGUCGUUUUGUGAAGCGAUCGUUAGUGAUGUAAUUUAAUCUUUUUCAAACUGAUGAGCUUAAUUUUUAGGAUUUAUUUGUAAAUAUUGUAUGUAUUUAUUUCGAUCCAUCACACUCUCUCAACUCGAUCGGUCGCCUCGCUCGCGAGGGUCGCGCGGGCAGGGGGGGGCGCGUGUCGUACUUAAUUUAUUCGGAAUGUCUGUGAUCUUCGGUGUCGUUCGGUCGUGGAACUGGUUCGAAACGGGCGAAACCUUUACGUUUUCGAAGCAAAUUAUAUAUUUUCGGAAGGUCGAGCCUCGGAAGAAAAAAGUCUUGCCAAUGAAAUGUUUCGCGUUCUAGUCAGUUACUAAUUCGUGUCGGCUAGUCAAAUUGUGGAGCGCCCGCCCCGCCCGCGCGAGCGAGCCGUGCGAUAAAAAUAUUUUAUCUAAGUCACAAGAGCGGCCUAUGAGAUAUGUAAUGUAUACUUUUAUUUAGGUUUAGUUACACGUUACGUGGAGUCGGUUACGCUAUUUACGAAUCGAUUUAAGCAUUUUUACACAUAAUAAACUUAAUAUGUACUUAUUUGCCGUCGUUCGCGACGCUCAUGUUACCGAAUCAGUUACAUAGCUUCGGAUCGCUAGUGACUAGCAUAAUUUUACAUUGUAUCGUAAUCUAUUUUUUAUGAAUCGUGCGCCAUCUCACAUCAGGGCUCCUCGUUGGACGGGUUGCCGGUUACGCCCUCUAGUUUUAAUUUUACGUUUGUAAUGCAUAAUAUUUACGUCGGGUGCUGAGGGGUUCGUUUGUUUCGUCGUCGAGGAGAUUGCCAUUCGCGCCGAGCUCGUACGAGCACAGUACGGCUCGGGUGUCGCUUUACGGUUAGAUGUUUUAAGUCUUUAGUAUGUUGUUGAAGUUUUUGUUUCGGUUUGGUAGAGCGCAAACCUGUUCUACUAAAUUCUCUUAUCAAAGUUAUUUUUUUGCACAAACGAAUAAAUAAAAUUAAUGUAAGGUGAAAACGAAAUAACAUACGUAAGAAAGACAUAUACGUUAAUGAUAGGUUUACUCGAAAGAAUUUAUAUAUACUAUAGUGAUGUUCGGGAAGCGGUCGCGGGCGGCCCGGCCGUCGACCUGUCGCCGCGUCGCUGCGGUAGGUAGUGACCGCCUAGCUCAAGGACACGUGGACACUUUCGUUUGCACAAACUGUCUCUUCAUUUUUAAAUAAAUUUGUAAAUACAUAUAUAUGAAUCGAAUACGUUUCCCUAAUCUGCAGGUGUCGUCGAACGACUGCACCAUUCGUCGCGUAUCGUUGCACUAUUUUAAUGCGUUAUUUUUUUUAUUAUUUAUUAUUAUUGUGUCAAUCAGAAAAGGAAAUUUGAUAAGUUUAUAAAUGAAAUCAACAGGGUAUUUAAGAUUGCUUAAGAAAUAUUAUUUUAUAUUUAUUAUGAUUUUUUACGCGUCUUUUCGCUCGCGUUGUUGUGUUAACGUUACUUAACUGUACUGAUAUUGUUUAUCGACACGACUUGUUAGCUUCGCCUUAACACUCGCGCGUCGACACUUCGUCCUUCAUUUUAUUCUUUAAUGAACCUGCUCACUUUAUUGAAUUAAUCUUAAAAUAUUUUAUAAAAUAAUAUGAAGUGCAAUAGUGAGAUGGUGAAUGUUAAGAUGGAGUCCGUUGGUCGGGCCUUACGCUGCCGUCCCGGCGCCGCUCACUGCGUGCGCGGCCUCGGCGACGGACUGAGAGGUGUCUCAAAGGUUCCAGCGUCAAAGUUCGCAUCAACGACAAUAUUUUGCCUUUGUACAUAAUGAGUGCUUUAUUACGCUUUUUGAUAUUACUAUAUUUUUAUUUAAAAUCUACGAUACUAUUAUAUUUUUGCUUUUGUACAAUACAUUUUAUACUCUGUAUGAAUAUCGCCGGCGAUCAGGUCGCGCCGCGGCAGUCGCCCGACUCGCGCUUGGACGGUCCGUUCGAUCGACUCCCACUUCGUACCAGACAUUUUAUGAGGAAUGAGAUUGAUAACGUUUUCUGGUUCGAAGUAAGCUACCAAGUGGUCCCGGCGCGACCUCCCGCCGCGACAGGCCUACUCGUCGGCCGGUCCUCCCGAGUGGCGCUUCGGUCGGCGGACGUCGUAGUCGUUAGUGUAAGUCUCUAUCAACGAGUUAGGGUUAGUGCGGGGGGCGCCCCCCGCGGCGUCGGCGACGCCCAGGGCGAUGCAUUGCGUCGCUCGACUAUUUGUACAGUAUGUAUAUUUUUGUAAAAUUCAUUCUAACUUGUGGCAAUAUUAUAAAAUUUUAAAAUUUAUCUCUAAUAUUGAUACUUAGUACAAUUGUUAAAUGCGAUUAUUUUGACUCGAUCCGGUAGAUCGUCUCGAUGAUUCGAUAUAGCCACCGGAGCAUCGACGAAGCUAGGACGAACGGAGCGAGGUCGCCCGUUGGCGUCGGUCGAGGGCCAGCUCCCUGCGCCUAGGUAGGUCGUCUAGGUAGUCGUAUGUCGCUGAGUCGACCGCUUGGUUGUGAAUAAAUGUCGCUUGUCGCUCCGCUCCGUCAGCCGCUCAGAUGUCGCAGUAUUGCCGUGCCAAACGCUCGCCGAUGCAGGAGCUCCGAAGCAAUAAUUAUACAAUGUUACGAUUUAUAUCUCGAUUGAAAAGCAAUAAACUCUGUGGGUUACGUUCGAGUUCGUAUCGGAAGUUUGCGUAGCGAAUACUCGGCGUUUCUGAUCUUUAUGUAAUUUUAAAUUCUAAAGGAACACUAGCUGUCUCUCGAUUCGCGCAUUUCGGAAAAACGACGACAAAUUAUCAUGUAGGUUAUAAUAAUUCGUUUCGGUUACGGGAUACGUGAUGAUAACGUUUAGUGGUAACAACAGAGUCCCGACAGGUGACGGAGUUCGAAUCUAGCUCAAUUUUAUUGAUACUUAAUUAUUGUAAUUUAUUAUCGUAACUCGACUCGCUUGUUAUUCAUAGUUAAUUAGAUCGAGUCUCUGUAUCGGCUGGUGCCGAUCCUUACCGAUCACCCACAGACCCAGUCCACUCCACUGUAGGCUACUCGAAUGACUCGCAUUUUACCCACGGUGCUUGUUUCUUAUAGUCGAGGACGCGGCGGCUCUCCCGGCCCGGCAACGUCGUACUUAGUGUAAGGUGCAUCAGUCACGUGUUACAUUUGAUACAUAUUAGUCAAUUAUUUGCCGAAACCCCUCCACCCCCUCCCCUCGACCCUCUACCUCCCUCCCUCCGCCGGCCGCGUCCCCGUAACGCGCGUUAAAGUACAAUUUAUCGAUAUACUUUAUCUCUAUUAUUAAUUAAUUAAUUAUAUAGUAGCUACACUGUUGUCACUGUUGAGCGAUGUCGCGUGUUCUCAUUUGGUCGAGAUCGGUUCGUGUGUCCGUUUAUAUAAUGUUUACGCUAGCGGUAACACAGUUGAUAUGUUUGUACAGUUUUUAACGAACUUCUCGUAGUUAACUAAGCAAGAAUUAUUUUAGUAUAAUAUAAGAUCUAAUCGAAUUACAUUUUAGUGUAAUAUAAUGAAGUACUCGAGGUUUUUUCAAAAUUUCAUUUAAGAUUGUACGGUCCUUGUGAGGUUUUAUUUAAAAUAUAAUAUUAAAUGUCUCAUUGGAAACUGACUCCGUAGAAUGUAAUUAGAAUGUAAACAGGAAAAUUUUAAAUAAUAAAAUACAACAUUAAUAAUAAGUAAUGUAUUAUAAAAAUAGGUGUAAGGUAAAAAGUUAUUAACAUUGUAUGGAAAAAUUGUGACAAAAUUAUAGUCAUUUGUAAUAUUAAA